AUGGAACAAUCUAAUGUAAAUUUAAAACGUAGUUCUGAACUAUCUAAAGAUGAUAAUCAAAUUGAAUUUAUACAAGAUAAUCCAUGUUGUGCUUCUUCUUCAUCUUCAUCUUCUCCUCCUCAAAAUAUAAUAUUAUCAAAAGAAGAACCAAGUGACUUUAAUGAUAAUUCAAUUAAAGGUGAUUUAAUUAUAGAUAGUUUACAAAUAUCUAAUUCGAAAUUAAAUACAAUUUCAAAUGAAGAUGUUCGAAGACAAUCAAGUGUACAUUCUGAACAAACAUUAAAUAUUGCUCAUCAUUUAUAUCCUACAACAUCUUUAUCUCAUACAUCAUCAGCUUUUUCAAGUUAUUUAAGAAUUCCAUCUAUUUAUGAACAAAUGAAUGAAACAGUUGUAUCAACACAUUCAGCUGAUUGGUCAAAAUCAUUACAUAGAUCAAGUUGUUUUAAUACACCACAAAGUUUAAGUGAAGAAGAUCAAAAAUUUACACAAGCAACAGUUCGUGCUGUAUUAGCUGCUAGUGCUAGAGAAUCUCGUACAGCAUUAACUGAUUUACCAUUAGAUUUUUUUACAAAUAAUUCUGAUUUAUCUAAUAUUGAUAAUAAAUUAAAUUCAUUAUCAGUUCAACAAUUAUCUCAUAGAAAUUUAUCUACUGAAAGCGCAUUAAAUAUUCAUAGAUUAAAUUUACCAUCAUCAAAAUUACAUGAUGAAUGUAAAGAACGUCGAACUAAUCGAAAAUUUAGUGCACUUUAUGUUCAUAGUUUUGAUGAUACAAUACAUGAUAGUGUAUUAUUAUUGAAAAGAGAUAAAUCACCAAUUCCUAAUACAUCAUUAAAUUCUAAUAAUAUUAUACUUAAUAGUGCUACUAAUCUAUCUAAUUCUAUACAAUUACCUCAUAUACAAACAUCAAAUAAAAAUAUUAUGAUUACUACUAAACAAAAUCCGAAAUCAUUAAAAAAUUUAGCUAGACAAACAUCACAUUCAAUAAAUAGACCAUUAAAACGUUUAGCUGCUAGUUUUCGUUUAACUAAAAAUAUUAGACAUUCUGCAUCAGUGAAUUAUAAACAACAUUCUUGUACAAAUGUCCCUUUAAAAUCUGGUAUUGUUUCCAGUUGGAAUUCUGUUUCAAAUUGUAUUGAUUCUAUACAAAAUACUUCAAAUACUACUACUACUAAUAAUAAUAACAAUGAUAUCAGUAGUAGUAAUAAUAAUGGGACCAAUAUACGUACACGUAAUGUAAUUCUUCAAACAGAUCAAGAUUUUAUUAAUGAAUUUAAACAUGAUAAAAGUUUACAUAAAGGACAUUUAUCAUUAAAUGAUUCAAUGGAUCAUGAAACGGAUAGUUUAUUAAGUCAAGAUGAUAAACCAGGUGGUAGUUCAUUUCAUUUAAAAGAACAAUUUUUUGCAUUUUUUCAACCAACUGGUAAUAAAUUAGCAAUGAAAUUAUUUGGUACUAAAUUAGCAUUAGAUAGAGAAAGAUUAAGACAAGAACAACAAGGUGAUUGGAUUAUACAUCCUUGUAGUAAUUUUCGAUUUUAUUGGGAUUUAAUCAUGUUAUUAUUGUUAAUUGCAAAUCUUAUCAUUCUACCGGUGGCAAUCUCUUUCUUCAAUGAUGAUCUAAGUAUACAUUGGAUUGUAUUCAAUUGUGUAUCGGAUACAGUAUUUCUAAUUGAUAUUGGCGUGAAUUUUCGCACAGGAAUAAUAAAGAAUAAUUUUGCAGAUGAAAUUAUGCUCAAUCCUAAGGAAAUUGCACGACAAUAUUUGAAAACAUGGUUUCUUCUAGAUUUAUUAAGCUCAUUACCAUUGGAUUAUAUUUAUCUUAUAUUACAUGAUAAUGAAAAUUUUACACAAUUUGUUCACGCUGGCCGUGCACUAAGAUUUCUACGAUUUGUAAAACUUUUAAGUUUAAUACGACUUUUAAGAUUAUCUCGACUGGUUCGUUAUGUUAGUGAAUGGGAAGAAUUUAUUAAUUUAGCAAGUAAAUUUAUUGGGAUAUUUAAUCUUGUUUUAUUACUUCUACUACUUGGACAUUGGAAUGCUUGUUUACAAUUUCUUAUACCAAUGUUACAUGAUUAUCCAGUAGAAAGUUGGGUAGCCAAAGGUAAACUACAAAAUGCUUAUUGGUUUGAUCAAUACACUUGGGCUUUGUUUAAAGCUAUGUCACAUAUGUUAACUAUUGGUUAUGGAAGAUAUCCACCUACCAGUUUAAGUGAAGCAUGGGUUACAGUGAUAAGUAUGGUUACUGGAGCUACUGGAUAUGCUUUAUUUGUUGGUCAUGCGGCAGCAUUAAUACAAUCAUUUGAUUGUUCAAAACGUCUUUACAGAGAGAAAUUUAAACAAGUGGAUGAAUAUAUGGCAUAUAGAAAACUUCCACGUGGUUUACGUAAACGUAUUGCUAGUUAUUAUGAACAUCGAUAUCAAGGGAAAAUGUUUAAUGAAAAUGAAAUUCUCAAUGAACUUUCAGAAUGUUUAAAAGAGCAAAUUAUCAAUUACAAUUGUCGAGCUUUAGUUGCUGCUGUACCAUUUUUCACAUUUGCUGACCAAAAUUUUGUCUCAGAAGUAGUUGUUAAAUUACGUUAUGAAGUGUUUCAACCAGGCGAUUUGAUUAUUAAAGAAGGUACAAUUGGUACAAAAAUGUAUUUUAUUCAAGAAGGUAUAGUGGAUAUUGUUACAAGAGAUGGUGAAGUAGCCACUAGUCUGUCAGAUGGUUCAUAUUUUGGAGAAAUAUGUCUAUUGACAAAUGCUCGCCGUGUAGCAAGUGUUCGAGCAGAGACAUAUUGCAAUGUUUAUUCAUUAGAUAGAGCAAGUUUUUUGGAAGUAUUAGAUAAUUAUCCAUUAAUGCGUCGAACUAUGGAAUCUGUUGCAGCUGAACGUUUAAAUAAAAUUGGACGUGAUCCUUUAGUUGUUAGCAAUCGUAAAGAUUUGUAUGAUGAUUUAAAACUAGUAAAUGAAAUAGUAAAUCAGGCCAUUCGUGAAACAGAUGAUGUACAAAUAGAAGGAGAAACAGAAGAUAGCAUUGAUGAAGAUGGUAUUGAUAAUUGUAGAACUGGUGAUAAUAUGAAUACUACUACUAAUGAUCAUAUUAGUAGUCAAUGUCGUAAUAAUCAUAAACAUAAUCCUAAUGAACGAAAUUAUCAAUUAUGUAAAAAAAUUAAUAAAUUCUCACAUCCAGUGAAUUAUUUUAAACGACGUAAAUCAUCACAUUGGAAUACAUUAUUAUUACGUAAAAGUUCUGAACCUGAAUGGUGGAAUCAUUCAACGAAUAAUCGAUCUAGUACAUCAACUUUAUUCAAUACAAAUCUACGUAAAUGGUAUCAUAUGAAACAAGGUAAAUUAAAUCAUUCAAAAAUCAUUAAGAAAACUAAAAGUGUAGAUCAUUUAAAUUUAUUAAAAGUAACAUCAUCGAAUUUAGUAAAUAAUUGGCAAAUCACAAAAUCAACACCGGUGAAUGUAACAGUUUCUGUCAUUCAUGAUCAUGAUCAUGUAUCAUUGAAAGAGUCAACUAUAUCAAGUGUACCAAUUAAAUUGAAUGAACAAACUAAUGAAAAUGAUCUUCCAAUCAAUAAUCAAUAG